GGUGGUCCGUCUGACAGCAGAGGAGAGAUGAAUGGAAAUAUUGUACCACAGAAAACAGAAACUGGAAGCAGUAAAGAGGAUGGGGACAAAGUGGAUCCUGCUGAACAGUCUCUGCUGAACAAACUGAUUCGCCGCAAUCUGGUGAGGAACCGAAAUCAAGUUGAGGUUCUCCAGCGGGAUCCCACGUCUCCCCUUUUCUCCGUGAAGACGUUUGAAGAGCUGAGGCUACCUCAGAAUCUGAUUGCCCAAUCCCAGUCUGGCACAGGUAAAACUGCUGCCUUUGCACUGGCCAUGCUCAGUCAUGUAAACCCAUCUGACAGAUGGACUCAGUGCCUUUGCAUUUCACCCACAUAUGAGCUUGCUCUGCAGAUUGGCCAAGUCAUUAAGCAGAUGGGAAAAUUUUACUCAGAAGUAAAAGUGGCAUAUGCCAUUCGGGGUAAUAAAGUGGAACGGGGAACAAAGAUACAGGAGCAUAUUGUCAUUGGAACACCAGGCACAGCCCUGGACUGGUGCUCCAAGUUCAAGUUCAUUGACCCCAAAAAGAUCAAAGUCUUUGUGCUGGACGAGGCUGAUGUCAUGAUAGCGACGCAGGGUCAUCAGGAUCAGAGCAUUCGUAUCCAGAGAUUGCUGCCAAAGGACUGUCAGAUGCUUCUAUUGUCUGCCACCUUUGAGGACUCUGUAUGGAGAUUUGCAGAGAAAAUUAUUCCUGACCCAAAUAUCAUCAAGCUGAAGCGUGAAGAGGAAACUCUUGACACCAUCAAGCAAUUCUAUGUGGUUUGCAAGGAGAAGGAGGACAAGUUCACAGCACUUUGUAACAUAUAUGGUAGUCUUACCAUUGCACAGGCGAUGAUCUUCUGCCAUACUCGUAAGAUGGCUGCCUGGCUAACUGGACAGCUGUCAAAAGAGGGCCACCAGGUGGCGUUGCUGAGUGGAGAAAUGACUGUGGAACAGAGAGCAGAUGUUAUUGAACGCUUCAGAAAUGGCAAGGAAAAAGUGCUUGUGACCACAAAUGUGUGCUCCAGAGGUAUUGAUGUGGAGCAAGUAUCCAUUGUGGUCAACUUUGACCUACCUGUAGACAGAGAGGGCAAAGCUGACAAUGAGACAUACCUUCAUCGAAUUGGCCGCACAGGGCGUUUUGGCAGAAAAGGAUUUGCUUUCAAUAUGGUUGACAGCCCAAAAAGCAUGGAUAUCAUCAACCAAGUUGAGGAACAUUUCAACAGAAAAAUCUUAAAACUUGACACGGAGGAUCUUGAUGAGCUCGAGAGAAUGAUCAACUGA